UCGAACACGCCCCCAGCUAGGGCCCAAGCUAGGGCUCCUCCGCCACAAGGCCUUCUUCACCCCCGUCGGACCGCGGCGGCGGCGGCGACGGCGGCCGCUCUCCGGCAUGUACAACGGCGUGGGGCUGCAGACCCCGCGGGGGUCCGGCACGACCGGGCACGUCCAGGCAAGCAAGUUCCUAGCCAAGCCUCGGCCCUCUCCCUCCUCCCCCUCCCCCUCCCCCUCUGAGGCCGGCGGGAUGCGGAAGCCGAACAAGGACAUCCUCGAGCACGACCGGAAGCGGCAGGUGGAGCUGCGGCUGCUCGUGCUGAGGGACGCGCUCGAGGAGCAAGGGUACACGGAGGCCGAGAUCGAGGCACGCGUUGACGAGGCGCGCAAGGCUGCCGAGGCCGAGGCGGCAGCGGAGGAGCGCCAAGGGUUCACGGACACACAGAGCCACCAUGCCGCGGAACAGAAGGAGAGGCAGCUUCAGACUAUGAGGACUGCUUUUGGGCUCGAAGGCGAGAAUGUGCACAAGAAAGGUGGGCUGUAGAAAUUGAUGUGGAGAGAUGGGCGUAUUCAGAAGCAGACUAUGAUCACACACAAGGCGAUAAAGAUGUAGAAGAGUUUCGUCCUAAUUAGUGUGCUUAAAUGAGACCUAGAAGACACCAAAAGUAUGCUAAUGUAAUCUGAAACCAAGGUUGUCAGUAAUAUGAAAUUGUUCUGAAUCUUGUGAGAAGAGGUGAACUUAAGAUAAAUUUCAGACAUAAGUAGUCAAGUAGAUCAUAUGAAGUAUCAGAAGAAUUUGAAAUGUGAUGAUAUGGUUUGGUUCCUGACAUCACAUUCUGGAGCUCUGUAGUAUAUAAAUCUUGUAAAUGCCAUGCACCAUGAGAAGGCCCCAAGGGCAUUGAUUGAUAACAUCCUUUCAGGGGAGAAGGAAAAGCACGACAUUUAAGCUUGGAUCAGACUAAUCUACGGAGCGCAGAAUUCUGGCGAAAAAGGCACAAUGCAAUGGAACAGCACAAUAUUUAGGCUUGGAUCAGACUAAUCUGCGGAAUGCAGAUUUCUGGUAAAGAAACACAAUGCAUUCAGCUGGAAGGAUAUAAAUCUUCAUCAUGUAGACUCGUGUGACUCGUGUGAAAGUAAGCCUGUUCUCAAAGUUCUCUUUUCAGCGAACUGAAUAAUCUUCAGUCAUAUGCAGAUGGAAACCUUCCGGUGUUGAAAGCUAUUGUGAAACGGUGCUUAGUUGAAUACC